CCAAAACACUCAGAGACACUUUGAGGGAAGUUAGUAGAGGAGGGAGGGAGCCGAGACUGACUGGACCUUCUGUGUUUUCAGUUUCAUUUAGAGACAAAAUGGCUUCCAGCUUAGAGGAGGAUCUCUGCUGUUCAGUCUGUAAGGAAGUCUUUAAGGAUCCGGUUGUUCUGUCAUGUAGCCACAGCUUCUGUAAGGAAUGUCUGAAGAGCUGGUGGAGAGAGAAACCAGCAAGAGAGUGUCCAGUUUGUAAGAGGAGAUCUUCAAGGUCUGAUCCACCUUUAAAUCUGGUUCUGAAGAACCUGUGUGAGUCUUUCUUACAGCAGAGAGUUUCAGAGGAUCUCUGCUCUCUGCACUCUGAGAAACUCAAACUCUUCUGUCUGGACCAUCAGCAGCCAGUGUGUCUCAUUUGCAGUCACUCAAAAAGACACACCAACCACAGAUUCAGACCCAUCCAUGAAGCUGCUCAGGAUCACAGAGAGAAUCUGAAAACAUCUCUGGAGUUUUUAAAGAAGAAUCUGGAGCUCAGGAAGGAAGUUAAGAAGAAGUUUGAUCAGACAGCAGAACACAUGAAGGUCCAGGCCCGACACACAGAGAGGCAGAUUAAGGAGCAGUUUAAGAAGCUUCAUCAGUUUCUWGCAGAGGAAGAGGAGGCCAGGCUGGCUGCACUGAGGGAGGAAGAGGAGCAGAAGAGAGGGAUGAUGAAGGAGAAGAUGGAGGCUCUGAGCAGAGAGAUAGCAGCUCUUUCAGACACAGUCAGAGCCACAGAGGAGGAGCUGAGAGCUGCAGACGUCUCAUUCCUGCACAACUACAAGGCUGCAGUGGAAAGAGUCCAGCGCUGCCCCCUGCUGGAGGAUCCACAGCUGCCCUCAGGAGCUCUGAUAGACCAGGCCAAACAUCUGGGCAACCUGGCCUUCAACAUCUGGAGYAACAUGAAGGACAUGGUGACCUACACUCCUCUGGUUCUGGACCCAAACACGGCUAACCUAGGACUCCACCUGACUGAAGAUCUGACCAGUUUGACAUUUGGAGAGAAUCAGCAGCUUCCUGAUAAUCCAGAGAGGUUUCAUUACUUUUGUUCUGUGUUGAGCUCUGAGGGUUUUAACUCAGGGAACCACAGCUGGGAUGUUGAUGUUGGAAACAGUGAAAUCUGGGCGCUUGGAGUGAUAGCAGAGUCUGUCCAGAGGAAGGGAGACAUAGAGUCUGGAUUGUUGGUUAUAUCGUUCUGUGAAAAUAAAAACAAUACAUGGUCUCCAGCACCAACUCUCCAAUUUCACUCAGUCAAGAAGAAACUCCAGAGGAUCAGAGUGAAUCUGGACUGGGACGGAGGAAAGCUGUCGUUCUCUGAUCUGGAUACUAACACACACAUACACACCUUCACACACACCUUCACUGACAAGAUGCUUCCUUUCUUCAACAUUGGGAAUCAAGUAAAACUCUUACCGAUGAAGAUCUCAGUGAUCAAACAGCAGCUCUGAUUUUCUCAGCAUGAA